AAUUCGGACACCGCGUCUUCUUUUCUUUCCCUCUAAGAAUAACAUAUUCCUCACAAAACAAAUGAAGUAAAUUACAAGGUCAAAUACUCCAUUGCUUCUCUUGCCUUUUUUAUUUCUCCCACAUUUUCUUAUAAAUCAGGGGACUACCAAAAAAAAAAAAAAUUUGUUUUAGAUUGUGUUGAAAAAGGAAUUGAGAUUCUCUGUUCUGAGGUGUUUGGAUUUAGGUGGAAAAAAAAAAAAAAAAGGAAAAACAAAAUGAUGAUAGUGGAUAAAGUUGUUGAAGAAGCAAUCUCAAUGAUAUUUGAAGAGCUUAAGGACUUGAGGGAAAAAAAUUCCAUGUUCAAACCCUGCCUGAAGAAGGUCAGAGGCACGGUACAAUAUUUGCGGCCACUGAUCAAAGAGAUACAAGGCUUGAACAAAGAAUUGGAUCUCUCAGAAAGCGAAACAUUAGAUUUUGCCUCAGCGAUCAAGAGUGGAGCACAGCUCGUCCGAGAGUGCCUCAAGGUUCGUUGGUAUUGCAUCUGCGUAAAGGCUGGUUAUACAGAGGAGCUGCUGGAGUUGGAUGACAGUCUACAGAGGUUUAUUCAGAUACUACUUGUUCAGUCAGCGAGGGAUGUGAAGAGGACCUUAAUCAUUCUGCAGAGUCAACAAGCGGGUGUUAACGGAGAUGGAAGCAAUCAGUCUGUUUCAUUGCUAUCCUGCCAUGUACCGGCGCUUCCAUCGCUUAUCGUCGGAUUGGAUGAGCCAUUGAGGGAAUUAAAGACUAGGCUUGUUGAGAGUGAUAGACGGGUGCUUGUAGUCACUGCUGCUGGAGGAUGUGGGAAGACCCUUUUAGCUCAAAUGUUCUGUCAUGAUAACGAAGUCAAAGCGAGAUUCAACGGCAACAUCUUCUUUGUUCCUGUUUCCAAAACCCCACCAAGCUUGAGUCUUGUUGUACAGAAACUAUAUGAACACAAGGGGAAGGAUUUGCCUUCUUCUGUGAACGAAGCAAAUGCCGUAGACAUCUUCAGACAGUUGCUGAAUCAACUAGGACCAGAUCCUACCUUGUUGGUCCUGGAUGAUGUUUGGGAGGGAUCCGAAUCCCUCAUUCAGAAUCUUGAUCUCCAAAUAAAAGACUACAAGAUUUUGGUGACAUCCAGAUUCGAACUACCGAGCAUUGGCCCUCAUUAUCGUUUGAACCCCUUGAAUGGUAAAGAUGCAAUGACUCUUUUCCGUCAAUGGGCAUUCUUGGAAGGUGACAACAAUCAUAUUGCUGAUGAUAUUGUAGAAAAGAUAGUGGAUUACUAUAAGGUAAUCCCCCUUGCCCUUAAAAUUGUGGCUGGAUCACUAAGAAGGCGGCCUGAAGAGGUUUGGCAAAGAAGACUGAAAGAGUGCGGUUCUUCUAGACUCAGUUCUAAGAGUUCUGAUAAUGAACUACUUUCCUGUCUGCAAAGCAACUUACACGAAUUAAAGGUUAUUUUCAAGGAGUACUUCAUGGACCUUGGCUUAUUUCCUGAAGACCAAAGGAUCCCUGCUGCUGCCCUUAUUGAUAUGUGGACAGAAUUAUACGAGCUGGAAGAAGACAGCGACGCCAUUGCUAUGCUUUAUGACCUCACCAACCGGAAUCUGGCUAAUCUUCUAGUCACAAGAAAGGAUGUGAAUGAGGUGGAUGGCUACUAUAGCGAACACUUUGUUACUCAGCAUGAUCUGCUCAGAGAACUAGCUAUCUACGAGAGCAGCCAUGAGCCACCAGUUCAUGGUAAAAGAUACGAGGAGCCAGUAGAACAGAGGAAAAGACUGAUUCUGGACUUAAAAAGAGAUGAGCAUCCUAAUUGGUGCAAAGAACAUAAGAAGCAAUCAGUUUCGCUUGCUUGUUUUCAGGGAAAAGGAAAUAUGAAGGAACCAUUUUAUGCCCACUUAGUGUCCAUCUCAACAGAUGAAGACUUCUCAUCAAAUUGGUUCGACAUGCAACUACCAAAAGCCAAGGUUCUGGUUCUGAAUUUCCGGACAAAAGAUUAUACCUUACCUGAGUUUGUGAAGAACAUGAAGAAACUAAUGGUUCUGAUAAUUACAAAUUAUAGUUUCUUCCCUGCUGAAUUGAGAAAUUUUAAAUUGCUUGGUUCUUUGAACAAUUUGAAGAGAAUAAGAUUGGAGCGCAUUUCCAUUCCUUCCCUGAGCAUGACUCGUGUACCAUUGAAGAAUCUGCACAAGUUAUCUUUGUUUAUGUGUAGCAUUGGUAAGGCUUUUAGCAACUGUUCGAUCCCCAUAUCAAAUUUACUACCAAAGCUAAGGGAGAUGAAUGUGGACUUUUGUGAUGAUUUGGUGGAACUGCCUGCCAGUCUUUGCAAUAUCAUCCACCUGGAGAAACUCAAUAUCACACACUGUACAAAGCUGACUUCACUUCCUGAAGAAAUUGGAAAGCUGGAGAAUCUAAAAGAGUUGAGACUGAGGUCCUGUAUCAGUUUGCUAGCAUUGCCAGACUCUAUCAAGAAUCUAAGAGAGUUAAAAUUUCUUGAUAUAUCUGACUGCAUCAGCAUUCAGAACUUGCCGGAAGAUUUCGGUGGGUUGUGCAGCUUAAGAAAGUUCAACAUGAGAAACUGUUCAAGGUUGGAGGAGUUGCCUUCAUCAGUUUCUGGCCUUGGGCAGUUGAAAGAUCUGAUAUGUGAUGAAGAGAAAAUACAACUGUGGGAACAAUAUCUGCCAUCUCUUACCAACACAGUCACGAGGUCGGCCAGAGACGAUCCCAACUUAAAUUGGCUUCCAUUGUUUUCAUAGCACAUGCAUUUCUCUCUACUCAGUACUAGAUUUCUUUCGGUGAUUUGUGUGAUUUUUGUACCUCAUAUAGACCUUCCUUGCAUUAAACAUUGGUUUUAUUUGGUUUGAUCCUAAUAAAUAUUUUGUUAUAAUA